AUGUUGAUCUAUAAUACUAAAGUGGCGUCCUACGGCCCCAGAUUCGCCUCUAGGUUGACGGUAUCCGCUCGUUUAGGAAGACGGUGUUUUACCAACGACUCGUAUACGUUCAGAAACUUCCAAAGUGGGCACACGAUUGCUAAACAUUUUGAGACCGCUGGUCAUGGAUACCUGAUGUCUGUGGCCUUUGAGCCGAAAGAUCGCCUCAAAGACAAAAAUCACCCUGACGACGGGCUCAUUUCCAAGUACCGAAAGAAGGUCCAGACCAAUACCGUGUACGAUUCGCCCACGGGGGAAGAUAAUUAUGUGAUGGCAUAUAAUGACUCCAAGGUGCUGGCUGGCGUUUUGGACGGGGUUGGUGGCUGGUCUGAACAAGGGUUCGAUUCCAGUGCUAUCAGCCGCGAGCUAUCCACCCAUGUGACAAUGGAAUUUUUGCAUGAGGAUCACCUGACUCCGCUCGAGAUUCUGGACAAGGCAUACAUCAAAAUGAAGCAGGACGGUUCUGUUGAGGUUGGCUCCACGACCAUCUGUUUUGGCAUCAUCGAUGCCGAAACAAAUAAGCUACAUGCUGUUAAUUUGGGCGACUCCUGGUUUGGAGUCUUUAGGAAGCAAGACUCGCGAUUCAAGUGCGUUUUGGAGUCCAAAGAGCAGACAUAUUCGUUCAACGCCCCCUACCAGUUAUCUGUGAUCCCGCAAGAGUUUUUGGACAUUGCCAAACGGAAGGGCUCAAAAUACUUAAUGAACCUGCCCCAAGACGCAGACGAGUACGAGUUCCAGCUCGAGUCAGGAGACGUGGUGAUGUUCACCACCGACGGUUUAAUUGACAAUGUCGUCAUCAAUGACGUGGCGCUGUAUUUGGAUGACUAUUUCGCGGCAGAUCAGAUAGGGGAAAUGAACACGAACCUUGUUCGGAACGUCAAAGAGCUGAGUCUGAAUAGCAACUUCAAAAGCGUGUUUUCGCAGCGACUAAGCGAUAUUACUGGCCAAGAUUACAUUGGAGGCAAGCCAGAUGACAUCACCAGCGUGGUAGUCUAUGUCCAGUAA